UUUGGAACGAUCCGUUACCACGGUUACGGAAACAUGGAAAUCAAAACAAGCACGGAAGAAAAGUAUUUUCUAAAAACGUUGAAUAACAAUGUUUCGUUCACCAAGCGCCAGCUCUUUGCCACACUCUAGUGCAACCCAAACGCGCUUCAUACAAAAUAGAAUUCAAGUCAUCGAAAAACACUUUGGUGAGAUCUGCACCGCUCUAGCGUUAUACACUAGGAAAAUAGCCGGUCAGCGGGAUAAAGGCGAUUUUCUGGCACAGACAUUAAAUGAGUACGCUACAGCAGAAAAUGUCAACAAAAACUGCAGUCAAGGUAUCAAAGACUUUGCCGAUAACAUUUCUUUCAUUUCAGAUUACAGAGAUGUUUGCGUUAACCGUUUGGAGGAAACUGUCAUUCAAGAGAUUUCAAGUUACGCGGGCGUCUGCAAGUCGGCCAUGGAGGACGUCAGAAGCUGUAGCAUUGCGUACGAAAAAGAAAUAAGUCAAUUAAAAUACGUUCACAAGUUACGGCAGCAAAACCCGUUGGGACGAAUGCAAAUUAGCAAAGCGGAAAGUGAUUUAGCACACGCCACAACACAAUCUGUCCGACUAGGCAAGUCUAUAGAGGAACGAGCCGACAAACUCGAAAAGAAGAAGCUCAAGGAUCUUUUCUUACAAAAGCCUAUCAGCAGUUGGAAAACGUCGAUGUGGAAUCGGAUUUGGAAGAAUUCCGUAACACUUUAA